AUGCCGUCGCAAGAGGCACCUAACGUAGAACUCGGCUCUGCACCGCGUACUCCAAGUCUCGUCGCUUCCCCAUCACCUUCUGAGAUAUCAAGCACAAGUUCGCCUGAACCACAUAGUGUUCGAGCAACACCUUUAUUUAGGGCUCUAGCUAUACCUCCACCGGAACCGGAACAGCCCCCCGGGCAAGACGAGUUAGAGCGUCGGCUUCCCGGAUAUAGGCGUAUUGUCAUCCCUAGAGAGUUGACUUUAAUUGAACUGUUGAAACAAUGCAGUGGCGUAACAUCAGAUGAAGAGGUAUUGACCAUACGGGAAGCGAAAUUACGCGUAGUGGCAGAGCGCGUUGGACUAAGGAGGUUACAUGUCCUUGUACCUCUCCUCCGCUCCUUGACCCUUGAUGGAAGCGCUCUUCUGUCGUUACGGGAGCUGGGAAUUGGAUUAGUUCGUUUAAAGAUGCUCAGUAUAAAUCGUUGCGGGCUGACAUCUCUGGAUGGCGUUUGGGGUUUGGUGUCGCUCAGGGAGCUGCACGCGUCAGGGAAUCGUAUACGCGACCUUCAGCCACUAGCGGUGCUUCAGAAGCUGCAUACGUUGGAUCUGUCAAACAACCCAAUAUCGGAGUCGAGCCGAAUUUGGACGCUGGGCGUGUGCGGUGCACUGCGCCGUCUAUUUUUGCGAGGGGCGCCGCUUUCGGAAGCGCCUGGUUAUCGGUCCGUCGUCGCGUCCACUCUGCCCAUGCUGCUUACUCUGGACGACCGGCCUACGCACGCGGACGCCGGCACGGACGACUAUAUCGCUGGUGACACAUCCGAUUCUGGAAGUGACUCGGCCAGCGAGCAGGAGUGCGAUGUAAGCGUGCAAAAAAAUUCUUCGAUACCCACAGAGGGACCAAUCGCUGGACGAUCAUCAAAAGCAUUCCAGGAGUCGCAGGAGACCUCCUGUUGCGCAGUAGAACAGCCUUUUGCUAGGGCGUCCUUUAUACGGAGGCGCCCGGCGACAACGGAGAACGGUGGUAUACGACCGUCCAAAGCGACGGUGCCGCGACGGCCGCGCACCGCAGCCGACCGUCCCACCAUCGACGCACCAACCAGGCUGCAGAUAAUGAACACACUCAUGGACGCCGAAUGGCGAUGUAGCGGCAGCAAUUUGACUUCCAAAGGCGCGGUGUGUGGAAAUUUGGCGCGUGCGUUACGUCGGUCGACCCUUCCCGCCCCAACUGGCGCAGAGAAACAAAUGGAGACUGUAGAGUGUGCGGUCGAAGAGGCAUGUCGCACGGUAGCCGAAGAAAUUCCCCGAGCACCGUGCCAAGAAGACUGGGUCCGGUUCAGAGAAGAGACCGGGUAUGAG